AUGCAGGGAAUUGUAGUCAUGGAAUGUCCACUACUUCCUGAAAAGUAGACAAGGAAAAAGUACAAGUACGAGUUUGACUUUACGUUUUAUUUUAUUUUUUAAAUCAGCCUCCAUUAGUACGAUAUAACGUUCAAACGAAUGGGAAUAUGUCUCUGAUGGAACAGGGUGGUGGUGCCCCCAUCAGGCCGGUGACGGCAGUGGCCUGGACCUCCAACAGUGCCAGCUGCCCCAAAGACUUCAACCUGAUUAGCUCAACUGAGGAUGGAGUUGCGGCUAACUUCACGCGGAGUUUUGCCAUGAAAUCUGGCUAUUACCUCUGCUACAGCAAAGAGCCGUCAGGUGGGAUGGUGGUUUCUGACAUCCAGGUGAUCUCUGACAAGGAGGCCAUCCCUAGUGGAUACUGCUUCAUACCUGAACACCUGGAGCCCAAGGCGUCUGUGUGGAAGAAGAAGCGUGUGUGUGUGCGACUGGUGCAGGAGUGCAGCGUUGAGGCGGCAGUGCUCGACAUCAAAGUGACGGCCAAGAGUAGGAUGAUGCUACAGCAUUACACCUGUAUAGGGGACAUCCAUGGCUACGUGAUGUGGUGCCGGAAGGGGCCCUUCUCCAGCCUCCUACCCCGGGCCAAGCCCCGCAAGGUCAGCCUAACCCUCCGCGAGCUCUCCCUUGACCAGAACACUCCUCCACUGCCCCUCAGACCCAGUAACGCUCCGCUCCUGCCUCCUGGCAGGAAGAUCAGCAGUCGUCGUGGGAACCUUGGAUCAAACGACGCUGUGGACAAAGCGGCAGACAACAGCAACAUCUACGGCAUCUCUGCCAUAGACGGGGUUCCCUUUGCUCUCCACCCAAAGUUUGAGACCCAGACCAACGACACGACCCCCGUUAACAUUCUGGACAAUAUCCGCAUCAAAUCUUUCCAGGACAUUGAAAAUGAGUACAACUACACAUUCAAGGUGGAGGAAAACGCAGCCGACAGAAGCAGAUCUUUUCUCUCCACAGGAAUCACCUCUUAGGCUCAAUGACCUUUCAACUACGACCUCAACGGUGCCAUCAUGCACACUCCUUAAGCACUACAGGGUCAAUGUUAUAUGUCAUGUGAUCAUCAUUAGUUUCUAGUUAACCGACAAAUCCUCUCUGACUGAGUAGUGCCUUUGUAUGUUCUACUUCGACAUUCCAGAGUUCUCACACGUUCCGUUCCUUGAACCCAUUCUUACUGUGUUCUAAACUUUACACGUUCCAUUCUCACCUCCAAAUUGUGUAAGAAUAAUGUAAAAAAUAAUGUUAUUGUGUUGAAACUGGUGAUUAUAAAAUAUACUGAUAUCAUGUCAUGAAAGAUACUUCAAAAAUUCUAUGGAUAUUGGUAUUUUAUUUAUGGUUAUUCCUUCUUAAUGGUAUAUUUAGGGGCCAAUUCUGAUGUGGUUUGUUUCUGCUCUGUGUCAAUGUAAAUAAUGUUAGUAUCUAGUGAAGCAUGAGUCAUUUUAUGGUUAACAUUAUGAAGGCUAUUUACCUGUAACCUGUAGUCAUGUUUUGUCUUGCAUGAAAUAAUAAGUUUGUCUACUAUAAUAAAGGGGCACUGUGUAGAAUCCUGCAUCUGUCCUUCACAAGA